CAGUAACCUGUGAAGAGUGCAAAAAAAAAAAAAAAAAAAGGAUUUACUGAAAGCUGGGAUUUAUCUGUGGUGGCGUUUAAACGGUGUUGUCGCCUGACCUCGAGGAAGAAGAUUUUUGCAAUUGUCAAGGCGGAUUGAAAAGAAUAAAACGAAGAAUAAACCCCCCAAAUUUUUUGUCACAAAAGGAGAAGGCCAGGGCUCCACCUGCUGCAAGAAACGACAGGCACAGGUGACAGACCACCUAUCCUGAGAAGUCAAGGAGAAGAGGAAGGAAGGAAGGAAGGAAGGAAGGAAAGAGAUCGUCGUCUAUUGUUGCCCUCUGCCUCCUGCUGUACAGAUGUAUGCUGAGAAAGUUGUGACAGAGGGGAAGAUGGGGAGCAGGGGGAUCUCUCUCACCUGUGUGUUGACCCCUUGCCGUGUGAUAGGGGUGUGUGUUACGCUGAUGACCUUGGGAGCCAUUGGAGCAGCCGUCUGGGCCGUAGUUACGUUUUGCACAAUGGAAGAAGAUACAGGACUAUAUGAUGUUCAAGUAAAUUCUGCUGACCAACGACUCAGAGUCUUUGACUCCACCCAGAGGAGGUGGCGACAGGUGUGUUCCUCCUCAGCCAAUGAGCUCCUAGCCAGCAUCAGCUGUGAAGAAGUAGGUUUCGUCAGUGUGGUGAAUUACUCAGUCUCAUCGGUACCAGAGGCCAGUGGUGAUGGAGGGGAGUUCUUCUGUGUCAGACAGGAAGAGCUCAGCUACGGCAAGAAAAUCAAAGACUCAUUGUUUCCAUGUGACUGUGAGAGCAGGGAGGUUCUCACACUGUUGUGCCAAGACUGUGGCAGGCGUAGUUUUGCAGCAGAUCGUAUAGUGGGUGGUGUGGAUGCCAGGCAGGGCAGCUGGCCUUGGCAGGUCAGCUUGCAGUACGAUGGUGUUCAUCAGUGUGGAGGAUCCAUCAUCUCAGACCGCUGGAUUGUCUCUGCAGCUCACUGCUUCCCAGAACGAUAUCGUUUCGUCAACCGCUGGCGUGUGCUGCUAGGCUCCAUCUAUAAUAAACCGGUCAACGCCAACGUGGCGGAGGUGAAGACCAUCGUCUACCACAGCAGCUACCUGCCCUUUGUAGAUGCUAACAUCGAUGACAACAGCAGGGACAUCGCUGUUCUGGCACUCACCCAGCCCCUCACUUUCAAUGAGUACAUCCAGCCUGUUUGCCUGCCAGCAUACGGUCAGAGACUGAUAGACGGCCAGAUGGGAACAGUUACAGGCUGGGGAAAUGUAGGUUACUACGGUCAUCUAGCAGAUGUUCUCCAGGAAGCAAAUGUCCCCAUCAUUAGUGACGCUGUCUGUAACGCUCCUGAUUACUAUGACAAUCAGAUCACCACCAGUAUGUUCUGUGCUGGCUUUGACAAAGGAGGCACUGAUGCCUGCCAGGGAGACAGCGGUGGUCCUUUUGUGGCAGACGACUGCCUGUCUAAGACCAGUCGAUAUCGUCUGUUGGGGGUGGUGAGCUGGGGAACAGGCUGUGCCAUGGCAAAGAAGCCCGGUGUCUACACCAAAGUGUCCAGAUUUCUGCCCUGGAUAUCGACGGCCAUGAGGAACUAUCACAACUCACCAGGGGUUCAUAAAAUGGCCCGGACAUGAGAUUCCUGCUCCUAUGUUUCUUCUUUUUCUACUCUUCGAUGAAAAUAUUAAAUGAACCUCGUAGACGACAGCGAGGACUGUUCAACACGAGGAUGAAAGGCUGUGAUGUUCACCACAUAUCAACGUUCCAGAUUCAACUUCUUACCUAAAGAUUUUUUUUUCUUUGUGACGAUAUAACCACUUCCUGAACUUUCCCACAUUGUUUAAUAUCUCCCAACACCAUAUUUGCCAAUAGAUACCCAGUAUCUGUGCAGAGAUUCACAGUCAGGGCUCUUUAAGAGAUGUGAAGUUUUAAACUUAGCCGUUAAGAUGUAUUGAACUUGACCAGCUUUGUUAUUAUGAAGUUAGAUAUUGAUAAAAGGGAAAAAGUUAAAUAAUGCACAAAUCACUGUACUGGAUUUAAGAAGCUAGUUUUGUAAAUUAUAAUGAGAUUAUUUUUCUGAGAUGAAUUUGUCUUCUUAUCUUGUAUUUUUUAGCUGCAUGCUGCUACCACUACUACUACUACUGCUACUGCAAUUUCACCAGAAAUCAAGUUAGAGAUAACCACUGUCACUCACAAGCUCAGCAGCAAUAGAUUUAAUUAAACAUAAAGGCUCAGGUUCAUCUUCAGCGUGGAUGAACCGGUUGGACUUACUCCAGCCAGUAUGCACAGCGGGCCACAAUGUGCUCAGACUGCACCCUUUAUUCAUAAUGGUGAUCACUAAAGAUGUUGUACAUACUCAACUUCAUUAACUUCAAAUAUUAUUAAUUUGUCAGUAAUGCUAUUUGAUAACUAAAAUAUUAUCUGGUGAGCUUUAUUUUGUAGAAUUACAGCACACAUCCAACUUAAACAUAUAAUUUUAUCAUUAAACUCAACUUGUGUGAUACGUGUCAUGUCUAUUAUGCAUUAGCCUGACUUUUGUAUGAAAAAUAAUUAUUCAUACAAGUUUUGUCUUUAUUCUCACAUGAACUGAUGAAGGUAAUGCUUUUAUUGAACAGUGUUUUGUUGCUGUCUUGUAAAUAUUAGUCACUGUGUUGUUUAUGUAGAUGUUUUUUGAGACGUUACAGAUGUCGUCAUGAUCCACUGAUCUUAAUGCCAAGAGUGCAAUAUCAACCAAAGUCAUCUAGUCAGAAAACAUAUCUAUUAUUGUUGCACAUAUUGAUUUCCAGAUUCCAUAUGCUAAUGACGUCUCAUCAUAUAAACUGACACGAGUGUGUAGUAUUAUAUGUCCAUAUGCCUUUUAUGCUCCUACAGUCAUUUUUAACAAAAACAAACAAACAAAGAAAAUAUUUCAGGACACGUUUUGAUUGUUGAUUACCAUGGCAUCAGGAAACAAAGAGGAUGUUAUGCAAGUGCAUGUUGCUUUGACAAGAAAUGUUCUUACAUAUAAACAAGAGUAUUGUUUUCCCACCACAUUAACACACACAAAAAAAUAAAUAUUUCUUUAAGGAUAAAUGGAGAGCAUCCUAGAUUAAAGCUUUCAAUAUUUUUCUGGACUGUAAAAGAACAUGUUCUUGUUCUUCAGGCCAAUGACCAACAUGACAAACAAUAAGCAAGUACUAUAUAUACAUACACACACACAUACACACACACGCACACAUUACAUAUAUAUUAUAUAUAAUAUAAUGUAGAAUCACUGUAGAUAUCACUGAAUCUAGGAUGAAAUGAAGGAUGAACACAACGAACUGUAAUGUGCAUUCAUAAAGUCCCAUAUUACUGUCAUUUCCUUUCUAGAAUGAAAUGAAUGUACAUUUAUAGUAGUUAUGAAGUGAAAAAGAGAAAUAAAUACUGUGAAAUGUAAAAGG